AUGUGGGAGGUAAGCCGUGGGAACAUGGGAAAGGUGCUGCACACAAGACUUGGAGCCGCAGCUCACACGAUGAACAGCCACAUCCAGAACAGCAAUUCCACUUGCGUUUGCACCGCGCCCAGUCCGUCGUUCUUACCAAUGCCGAUCGAGAUUCGCGCGGCGCAGCGGACAUUUGAAGGCGCGUACAUGCGCACUGCGCUGGGCCAGUUUUCGUUUUCGCUCGUGAUUCUCAAAAUUUUCACGCAUGAAUUUUACCCAAUAGGCGCGCUGUUUGCCGUCUACGGCACUGCUAUCCUGAUGGUUGCCGUGUAUCGACGGUAUGAGGGCCAGCGGCAGUUCUUCACCAAGGAGUCUGCCGAUGGGCUGUUGACGCGCAAGUUUCGAACCUCGGGCGAUACUGUAACGCUCAUGACAAUUCUGAGUCUGUUGGCAUAUGCGACCUUGCUUGUGCUGACCCUGCUAUUGACCAAGGACUAG